GCUCGACACGAUGCUGAUCAUUACACACAUGAUUGACGGAGUCGCUGUCAGGGCAUUGCCAGCGACAAGAACGUGCUGAUGCGGUCCGGCAGUCGUAAUGGCUCCAUCGGUUGUCAUCAGGCAGACCGCGCCGUCCAGAUUGCCCUCCAUACUCGCUGGGCGAAGCCGAAAUUGUAGGUUGUGCUAUGUCUUGCCGGUCACGAUGGUGGAUCUUAGCGAUAUGAAGGAGACGAUUGCACUACUCUGAAUAGGCGACUUCCCGGGCAGCAAGCCAGGCGAGGAAUACAAAAGCGACCGACUCCCGCAACAACCCUGCCGACAACCUUUUCUCCUUGGCUUGUUUCAAAUAUCGUGACCUCUAUUCUCAGCAGGAAAUGAUCUCUUCAACCCUGUUCGGUCUCGCCUCACUUGCGAGCGCUGCUCUCGCCGCUGCUAAUUGUACUGGCAUCAACGCGAUUUCACCCAAAUGCGCAUCGAAAGAAGCACUGCACCAUCGCGACUUCUUCUACGUCGGAGGACAUUACGUAGCUGGAGCUGCUGGUAAUCUCACUUAUGACCAGCUCUAUGUCGAGAAGUUGACUCCAGCGCGUGGAGUCAAUCAGAGCAGACCAGUAGUCUUGUUCCAUGGUGGAGGCACUUCUGGUGUGACAUGGCUUAACACGCCCGACAAUCGCAAGGGUUUUGCCUCUCAUCUUCUGGACUACGGCUAUCAAGUCUACAUUGUCGAUCAAACUAGUGUCGGUAGAGGCAGUGCGGAGAACCUUAAUGACUACGUUAUGCGCAUUGGCUCCACUGCUGAGAUCAGUGAGAAAGGAUUUACUGCACCUGAGAUUACCAACGCCUACCCACAGUCGCAACAGCACACUCAGUGGCCUGGCUCAGGGUUGAAGGGUGAUCCCAUCUUCGAUGCCUUUGAGUCGACAUUCAUUCCUUUGACCAGCAACCUGACUGUUCAGGAGCUGUCUAUGAGAUCCUCGGGAUGCCAGUUGCUGUCUCUCAUCGGUCCCUCAUUCUUGGUUUCCCACUCCAUUGGAGCCUUACAUCCCCUGCUCCUCUCUAAUGACUGCCCUUCUUUGGUCGCUGGCAACAUCAAUCUUGAGCCGGGAAACAUUCCCUUCCAGUCGUACGUCGGAAAUGCCACGUCCUCUGUUGGUCGUACGUCCGCUCGUCCUUGGGGCAUGACGAACACUCAUGUCACUUACGAUCCUCCGAUUGCCAACUCCUCCGAACUCGCCUACAAACUCGUGGGCGACGACACACCUGCCAAUCGUAGCUGCUACAUGCAGACUGGAACCAUUCACAAGCUCACUGAGGUUGCCAAAGUCAAGUAUGUCGCUCUUACUGGUAGUGCUAGUCCGCAUAUCACCUACGAGCAUUGUGUAAUCGACUUCUUGCAGCAAGCUGGCGUUAACGCCGAAUGGAUCAAGCUAGCUGACAAAGGCAUCGUUGGUAACGGUCACUUUGGAUAUCUCGAGUUGAAUAGCCCUCAAAUUGCUGGUGUCGUUCAUGAGUGGAUUCAAUCAAGCUGCUGAGCUGUAUGUAGAUGAAUUUGUAGUGAACAUGCUAUCUCCCUACGCAGACGUCAGUGAAUUUCGUUCACAGCUUUCAUGGCGUUUUUUAUCCAUGACAUCUC